GGAAAAGAAAGGAAGAAAAGAAUGUGGAUAGUUUGUUGGACAGGAACUUUUUGGUCCACACUGAAGAAUAUUUGGCUGCACCACACAACUGAAACCAACCCAAAAGAAGCAAUUGAAGACAGGCAUCAACAAAGAAAACCUAAUAAUUUUAAAGAGUUACAAAGAAUCAUUAGAAAUACAGAACAGUGAGGGGUUGGCUGUAAGAUACAGUGAAAGAGGCAUAAGGAGGCUCAGCAGUCAGUAUUUUAAUUGCAUUUGGAAGGAAACACAAUGGUACAACUGUUGCAGUAAGCGACUCUGCACCUCUCAUGUCCAGUCACAGUGGCGUUUGAAGGAGUCAGAAUGGAAGCCGUUCAGGCACAGGCCUAGCUUUGGUCAGCACAAGUAUCUGGCUCAUGUUUGUGCAGACACUGUUGAUUAUAACUGCCAGGAUAGAAAGUGAUAAUAAGUUAAUUAAAGAGAGAGAGAGCGUAAUUCACUUAAAUUAAUUAGCUUGCAAGAUGACGUUUUCUACAACUAUCCUUUGUCCAUAUUUAUUAAUGUGUGACCACAUGUUUUAUUCAUCCAGUUUUAAGCUUUUUUGUGUGGUUAUAAUUUUAUUAUUCACAUAAAGAGUCAUACUAGAGGGGAUGAAAGAUUUCUGUGAAUGGGUUACUGGGGCUUUCUCAACUGAGUCAAUUUGCUCCACUGUGAAGACAUCCGGUUUGUGCUGAACUUGAGGACCUCUACCUGUGAGUGAGUACGCGCCAUUAUUAGCUCCUCUUCCAUGUCCAUGGUCUUUGCAGCCCUCACCUGAUGCCAUUACAGCUCCUGGUGUGUUCGAUCAAGGCGACUGUGACCACGUGAAACUUCAAACCAAUUAUGGCCCCUGGCAGCGGCUUACGAUCGGGCUCAUCUUGUGUAGAGGGAUUUCUGUAAAUUGGAUCAGGCUGCUUACAGGGGCUUAGCAUGACGUACUGCAACUUUGAGUUUAAUCAUGAGGAUCCUCGGCAAUCCUCCACCUCUCAGAGAGAACGGAACAUCACGAUUAGCCUCACCUGUGUGUUAAGGAAGGAAAACUGGUAAAAGUUGUGGAAAAUAAAGUUUUAUGUAAUUUGAAGUUUCUGUCACAAUGGGAGAGGAGAUAGCUUUGAAGAAAUAACACUCCUGUGUUCCUCCGGGGUCCUCCUGGGUUCUUCAUCUCUACUUCUUUGCUGUGGGAUGGAUUACCGCCUGAGCUGAUUCUUCUGCCCUGUUGGACCAGCCAGAGGAGACCCUGAUAACACAGAGACAGGGAAACUAGGACUGCAGGCCGGCACCUUAGAGAGCAUUUUUUCUAAACUAAGGGGCAAACUCUGGAAAUCUUGGAGGUCCUGCUGAUCCAGAUCAUCAUUUGACUCUCUUCAUUCUUUACAGACAAGGACACAUCUCGGAUUGAACAAUGGCUUUGAUGCUGGUCAAGUUUGAUCUGAAAAAGCGAGUGAAGCUCGCUCAGACGGUCUGGUUCAUGUACUGGUUCGCUGUAAUGGCCGGCGUGCUGGUGUUCAGCAUGGGUCUGUUCUUUAAGAUCGAGCUGCGAAAGCGCUCAGAACUUAUGGACAACAACGAGAGCCACCUCUUGCCCAACCUGCUUAUAUUCAUGGGUCUAAUAGCUUGUGGCAUCAACGCCUUUGGAGGCAAAGUCUGCUACGACUCAUUGGACCCUACCAAGUUUGCAAAGUGGAAGCCCAUGUUGAAGAUCUUCUUGGGGUUCUGCGUGGGGUUCAACGUCCUGCUGCUCCUCACCGCCCUGAUGUGUUUUGUGAUGAGGAUCCCUCUGCAGUUCACCCUGGCUGAGGGACUGAGGAACGGCAUGAGGUACUACAAGGACACGGACACACCGGGACGCUGCUACAUGAAGAGGACCCUGGACCUGAUGCAGAUGGAGUUUCGUUGCUGCGGGAACGACAACUACAGAGACUGGUUUGAGAUUCAGUGGGUUAGCAACCGUUACCUUGACUUCAGCGCAAAGGAAGUCAAAGACCGCAUUGGGAGCAACGUGGAUGGCCAGUACCUGAUGGAUGGAGUCCCGUUCAGCUGCUGUAACCCCAGCUCCCCAAGACCCUGCAUCCAGUUCCAGAUGACCAACAACUCUGCCCAUUACAGCUACGACCACUACACCGAGGAGCUCAACGUGUGGAAGCGCGGCUGCAGUGACGCCCUGCUGUCCUACUAUGGAGGCAUGAUGAACACCAUCGGAGCCCUGGUGGUGCUGAUCACCAUGCUGGAGAUCGCGGUGACCAUCGGCCUGCAGUACGUCGACAGCUCCCUGUCCACCCUGGCUAACCCGGAGGACCCGGAGAGUGAGAGCGAGGGCUGGAUCCUGGAGAAGACAGUGAAGGAGACGUUCACCGACAUCAUGGACAAAAUGAAGGCUAUGGGCAAAGGCAGCAAGGUGGAGGAGGGGGGCGAGGUAGCAGUUGCGACAGUGAGCUGAGCUAACCCCUCCUGCAAAAACUGACACCACUCCCACCUGAAGGAGGAAAGGAAGGGGACUUGUGAGAUUACUACUUUUUUCUACCAACAUUUAUUAUGUAGACGCUACCCGCAAACACAUAUUUGGCUAUGGACUCCUUUUAAACAGACUCCUUACAAAUGGACUCCUUGCAUAAAUAACACUGUAUAUUCAGACAUAGAGAGAGAUUAUGAGUAGAAUGAAUUGUUUUGGUUUUUAAUUUUGGUUUUCCCCAAACAAACCAGUUCCGACUUUUGAGAUCCCCUGCUUCUGUUCCUGAUAUUCUCUGGAUUUGGAUACUUUUUUCCAAAAAAAAAAAAAAAAAAGUGCAAAAUAAUAGGUCAAAUAAAUAUGAUAUCUAUUGAUAAAUGUCAGAUGCUUUGCAAUCACAAGUAAGUAUGAAUUUUUUCCUUUGUAUUGUUCUCCAGUAGUUUGGUGGGGAUGGUGGUUGCCAUGCAACCCCCCCUCUCAUGAAGCCAGAGGUGCAGAUGGAUAUUUACAGUCUAUAGUGUUUUGGCUUGUAGCUGAUAUUGUAUAUAGGCAAAGCAAACAAAUUAACCUCCCCCCACUCAUCACUUUAUAUACUCCACGCCACCUUUGUCCACAAUGAAGACUGGAGCAGCUCCUGAGAUGGAGUAAAAUUAUGAAUUGAAUGAAUCGGUAUGAAUUAUGCAUGAAUGUUGAGGCGCACCGUCGAAGAGUGAGGCCUGGGCAUCAGGAGGUGAGCUCCAGAGAGAAGCAGGGGCAACUCCAAACCUGUGGAGAGCGUCUGAAAUUGGCAGCUAAAUCUUGGCUCCUGACCCCUGUACUGUAAUCUCAGAUCCUCUUUGACGUUUCCCUCGUGCAUUCAGUAUCUGUAUAUUGACACCUAUGUAUGUAUAUUCUAUUCUGGGUUGCUGUCUUUGUACAUAGUGUAGAAAUGAUGAAAAAAAAUUUAACUUUUUUAAAAAAAAUAAUGUAAUUAAGCUAAAACUUUUAUUCAAAUCCAUGUAAAGUUUUUUUCCAUAUGAUUUUUUUGUGUCUGUGUAGGAACGAGAUUGUGUACAUGAAUAAAUGAUUUUAGA